AUGGACGAUCAACUGCCUGGCGAUUCUACUGUACGAAUGUUGGAAGCCCAAAGUGCACUUGGCUGGAUAUUGAUUCUAGAGGGAGAGCUUGAUGAAGCUGAGGAAAUACUCACAUCAACUUUGGAGCGCCAAAGGAUGAUCCUGAAAAAAGACAAUCCUUCGAUCUGGAUGACUACUACAAACCUCGCACGAGCCUUGUCGAUGAACGGCCAAUACGACAAGGCAGAAGCUCUCCAGCUCGACGUACUCGCAUAUCACAGAAGACAGAGUUCUUCGCAUUCUCCUGAUUCUCUAAACGCCAUGAACAACUUGGCAUUAACCUAUAGACACCAAGGACGCUUGAUUGAGGCAGAAAAGAUGUUCAAGGAUGUCUUAGCGGAAUGGAACGACACAGAUCCGACGAGGCCUUCUCUGGCUCUCACCGUUCAAAACAACUUAGCGUUAGUUCUCAAAGAUCAAGGUGCUCUAGAUAAAGCCGAGAAGCUUUUGAAGAGUACCAUUGAAGGAAACAAAGCUCGCUUUGGGGACUCGCAUCCCAUCACGGUAACCUCCAUGGAUAGCCUUUUCUUGACCUACAUCGCACAAGACCGACUUGAAGAUGCAAAAGAAAUUGGCGCGAAAGUCGAGAAACUAUUUCGGGCUGUACUGGGCGACAAACACCCACGUUUCCUGUCCGCUUCCCGUCAACUGAGAGGACUUCAAAGAAGCAUAGAGCGUCGGUUUGAUCGCAAUCUAGAGCACCUGCAGAUUGACGAUCAAAUUGGCACUCGCGCAUUUUUUAGGUCUAAUAUCGGCUCUGGCUUCUUGUUUGAUCACGAUGACUACGGUAUCGAUGGCAUGUAUGGGUUCCAUAAAUGUAACAGAUGA